GAAGCAGCGGCCGGAGGCUCGGAGCGGUGGCCGAGCGGCGGGCGACGGGGGCGGGCGACUCGGGCCGCGGCCGGGGCGGAGCCGGGGCCAUGGAGCCGCCGCUGCCGGGCUAGAGAGAGCCGGCGCCGCGGGGCCCGCGGCGAUGGCGGGCUACGCGCGCCGCCCGGGCGUCACCCCGCUGUCCCGGGCCCGGAGCCUCGUCAUUCCGGACGCUCCAGCGUUCUAUGAGCGCCGGUCUUGUCUCCCCCAGCUAGACUGUGAGCGCCCCCAAGGCAGGGACCUGGAGUCCCACCUCUUCGGCAUUCGGCCGACGUUUAUGUGCUAUGUGCCCAGUCCGGUGCUAGCUUCCGUGGGAGACACAGAUUUUGGCUGUGGCAAGGGGCAGUGUGCUAAGCAAGGCCCAGCUCGGGUCCAGAACACACAUUUCGGAGAUGACAAACUGGAAGAUCUCUCAGAAGCAAACCCAUUCUCCUUUAAAGAGUUUCUGAAGACCAAGAACCUCGGCCUGUCGAAAGAGGACACCGACGGCAGAAUUUAUUCAAAAGAAGCCGCAAGGCACGCACUGGGACUCGACCACGACUCCCCAGCCUCCCAAACCGCGGGGUAUGGCCUGGACUAUCAGCAGCCAUUUUUCGAAGACCCGACGGGGGCGGGCGACCUCCUGGACGAGGACGAGGACGAGGACGAGGGCUGGCACGGGGCCUACCUGCCGUCCACCGUGGAGCAGACGCACUCCUCUGGGGGCGCGGCCAGCACGUCGCCCUGCAGCACCUACGUCUCCUUUUUCUCCAACCCCUCGGAGCUGGUGGGGCCCGAGUCUCUGCCCUCGUGGACACCGAGCGAUGCCGAGUUGCGUGGCUCCCCAGCAGGGAGCCCCGGCACAGACUUUGCCGCCCACGGGGAGGCCCUGGGGGACAGGCGCCUGCGGACGCUGCAGAUAAGUUACGAAGCACUGAAAGAUGAAAAUUCUAAGCUAAGAAGAAAGCUGACUGAGGUUCAGAGCUUCUCUGAAACUCAAACAGAAAUGGUCAGGACCCUCGAGCGGCAGCUGGAGGCGAAGAUGAUCAAGGAGGAGCGGGACUUCCGGGACCUGGAGUCGGCCGUGCGGCAGGUGGAGCAGAACCUGGAGCUGAUGACGAAGCGUGCAGUGAAGGCAGAAAAUCACGUCGUGAAACUGAAGCAGGAAGUGAGCUUGCUCCAGGCGCAGGCCUCUAACUUGAAGCGGGAGAAUGAGGCCUUGCGGGCGGGCCAGGGCGCCAGCCUGACGGUGGUGAAGCAGAACACGGACGUGGCCUUGCAGAAUCUCCGCGUCGUCAUGCACAACGCCCACGCCUCCAUCAGGCAGCUGGUUUCUGGAGCCGAAACCCUGAAUCUUGUUGCUGAAAUCCUUAAAUCGAUAGACAGAAUUUCUGAGAUUAAAGACCAGGAGGAGUCUUGAGAACCGCAGGGGUCUCCCGCUCCCAGCUCUGUUUACAUUCCGCAGUCUCCGCUGGAGCCUUCCAGAGUGCCCCUGUGUCUUUAAACGCGCCGUCCUCCCCCGAAGUAGAAGCAUCUCUGUGCUGGCCACCCCCGCCUGUAAGAGCAUGGCUGGCCCCUCGCCGGGGGGCCCGGGGGGGGGGGGGGCGGAGCUGCCCGCUGAGCUCCCCGCGUCGUCUGUUGGAAGAGGUUUCUCUAAGAGCUGGUGAUUGUUUUUUUUUUUUUUUUUGAGCUAAACACGAAAACAGCAGCUCUAAUAAGUGCCUUCCAUUGUCAUUCCAGAGCAUUAAGUAUAAGAUAAGCUCAGCUGAUUGUCCUUGAUUUUUAAGUAGAGACGCAAAGCGAGCCCCAGGGAAGGGCUUGCCUCGUCAUCCCGCGCCCUGGCCAGGGCCCCCUCUGGCUCGCAGUCCACUCCUUCAGCUCCCCCGGGCCCCGGUGGUGGGUGGCCUGAGCGCAGACGCCCCACGAGGUGGUCAGGGCCGUCCCCCCAGGGGCUGCCGUCUUGAGGGGCAUUUCUGUGGGCCUCCGGGUUUGGACAGCUUGGGGCUGGAGGGUUUGGGCACACCUUUCAAGUGGCAUCUUGUACAGUGAGGUGUGGCGUUCAGGGACUCGAGCGCCGAGGCUUCCGGGGAGCCCGAGGUCUCCCCUAGCGCCUUUCCAGCCCCUUCCCGUUGGAGGGGAGGCAUAAGGGCUCUUCUUCCGUAAGUGCUAUUUUUUAAAAUAAACUUUUUCCCUCCUGUUCAA